GCCGACAAGCCCAAGCCCCCGGCCCCGGGCCAGGGCCCGUCGGUCCAGCACCGCUUCCUGACGCCCACCGAGUGGGCGCGCGUGGCCCACGGACUCGGCGCCAUCCGCGAGGGCGAGGAGCACCAGGUGGUGCACCCGACCUGCUGGUACUGGCCGCCCAAGGGCAUGCCGGACGGGCUGUACCGGGACGCGGUGACGGAGCGGACCAAGUAUGCGAUCGGGUUCCAGCUGGUCGGGGCGCUGCACUGGUUCCUGCUGAUCCUGCAGGUCACGCUGGGCGCGGUGCUGACGGCGCUCGGGUCGCUGCCGCAGCGCCAGGCGACGCCCAUCACGGUGCUGGCGGCCGUCAACACGGUCGGCGCCGGCCUGCUCGGCCUGCUGCACAACAGCGGCCUGCCGGACCGGUACCGCAUGGACAAGGCGCAGUUUGUGCUGGUCGAGGACUUCAUCAAGGAGAUUCUCGACACGGGCAUCGUCGAAGCCGACCAGUCCGUGGAGGACGUCCUCAACGAGUGCUACACGCGGCUGCAAUACGCCAAAGCCACCGUGCUGGCCAACAAGCCAGAGGUGUACUCGCCCGCC